AUGUCGCAAAGUUAUCCGGCAUUUAUUGGAUUUCAUUCAAUUGGAAAUUGUUUUGGCUACGUGAAAUCGAACAAUUCAAUCAAUAAUGAUAGUUUCAAUGUAAAAGAGGUAAUUUUUUGAUUGUUAGAAGCAAAAAAAUAAAUUUCUAUGUGCAUUUAGAGCGUUGGCAGCGGAUUUUUGGGGAAUUUUCGUAUGCGGAGCUGUGAAAAUCCAAAUAUUUAUUGCGAUCUUCAAGUUUUUGGGAGAACUCCGUUUACAAAUGUGUAUGUCAAUUCGGUGUUUGCAGAUGUAUCGGGAUUUCAUGAGAAACAAGAGGUAGGCCUGGGAACUGGAAUUCUGGGGGACCAGGAAAUGAGGCUUGAUUUUCAGCCUGACAAUCAUCCUCCUGAAAUUUCUCUAAUUCCAGGUCAUCCUAGAAAAAAUCACAACAACAACAUUUUGCUCCUACAUUGAUGUGGCGCCGAAAACCGAUGAUGAUUAUUCAGUUAUCGUAAGUUGUUUUUUUCCGGUUUCAAUUUUUUUCUCAAAAAAUUUUCAAACCCAUGUUUGGUGAGCCACAAAGUGAGCCAGAGAAAUACGGAAGUGGUAGGCGUAGACACAUGUAAAUUGCAUUUUAUAGACAAAUGAACUUAUCCUAUGUACAUAAUUUUGCGGAGCGGAGAAUCUUAUAGGAUUUGAAAAUGAAAUGAAAUGAGAAUAGAAUAGUGGAGAAUAAUUUUUUGGAAAAGGGGCGUGCUCAAAAAGAGGCGUGGCCAAGUCGGCUAAAAAGCCAAAGCCAUCAAAAAAAAAUAACGAAUAUGUACGUGCCGGAAUGAAAUGAGAAAAAUUGAUGAAAAGUUCAACAACUAACAUUUAUAUAUAUAUAUUUGGAAAAAGGACAUCAACUAUACGAAAAAAUGAAUCAUAGAACGCUUCGUUGCGGGUGUUUCAGAAAAAUGACAGAAUUUUUUGGUUUGGCUGAAAUUUAGAACAGACUUAUGUCCUAGUUACUGGAAGUGGGACUUUGAAAUCAGGGGCUGAAGGUUAGGAGAUCUAUUUUCGUAUAAUCUUGAUAUCUUUGGGGACUCCUGAAGUUCAUAAGAGAUUCUUGAACAUAAAAAUAAUAUGCUUGACUUGAGGGAACUCGAAAUAUGAAAUUUUGACUUGAGGAGAUCUCUUCUAUGCUUCACCCAUUUUUACAAACGAAAAAAAACCAAGAAAAAUGUAUUUCGUACUAGUGGAAAAUGUAUUCUCUCACCAGAGAACAUUCAGAAAAAAAAACUAAUUUUUUUUUCAAUACGGUACUUUUUUGCAGGCUCAAUCACAAGCUGGAAUCGAGAUGAAUUUUCUAAAUCAAAUUCGAUUGGUUUCAAAUAACAUGAUUAUUCCGUAUUUUGUGUCACCGGGAGUUCAUGUGCAAUUGAGAAUUUGUAAGAGAACAAAAAUGUUUUGGUCAACAAAUAAAACUAAUAAUGAUAUUAUUUUGCAGUAAACAUAAUCCCGCAGACUAAUAAUCCGGUUAUUUUGAACAACGAGACAGAGCUUCAUGUUCAAACAGUAUUAGAGAGCAGUGAUUCGAAAACAAAAAAUCAAAUUGCACAAAAUGUUUCGAAGGUAUGCACAAUUUCUUUGAAAAAAAAACAGACUGAAAUUUCAGAUAGUUCAAACUUUAAGUUCUGACGGGUUCAUUUCAAACUACGUCAUUGAAUUAGAAUCAAAAUCAUUGUCAGCAAGAAUUUUGCCGAGGAAAAUUGUCGAUUCUUGGAUCAAACAACAAAGUCAAGAAUUAGAUGAGAAUACAAUUUAUAUUGCUGGCGAGAAAAACAGUUUGUAUACGAAACAUGGAAUUGUUGAAGUGAGAACGAAUAGUUCAGAAGAUGGAAUUUAUGAAUUCUAUUAUCUUCAUCGAACUUCCGAAAGGAAAUUGGAUGAGAAAUUCAACUACGCAUUACAUCAUAUGUUUGAUUCUCUAAAGGUUAGUGAAAGUAGUGGGAAAAUGAUUUUGUGUUUUGAUUUUAGAGCAUUAACUAAACUAAACUAAUAUCAGAAAAUAAAUAAACUUUUUUUUGCAGAAUUCAGAAAAGUUUUGUUGCAUAGAUGGUAGUGGAAAUCUAUCACCUUAUACAACAAUUGAAAUUCAAGCUGUUGAUCAAAAUCGUCUUCGUUAUUUACACUCGGUUGAUGUUCUUAUCGAUAAACAAACACUUGAAUGGAUUCACAAAUAUCAAAUAACAGCUCAACUUUUGAAAUCAAUCUCAUCAAAAAUCAAAACCAAUCCAAUUGUGUUGCCCUUGACUGGAAAAAGCAUUGAAGUAUCGAUUGAGGGAAAAGACUUUGAAGUGAAAUUGAUGGCGGUUACUAAGAACAUAAAGGUUUAUGAGAAUGUGUGCUUUUUGAUGGAUUUGAAUUGUGAAAUACAUUUGAAAGAGCAACAAUCGGAGAGUGAAGAGAAAAAGGAAACGGGGAAUUUUGACAAUUAUGGACUCAAUACUUUUGAUGAUGUUGUUCAUAUUGGGUGAGCCUAGUUGGAAUGGAAAAAACAAUUAUCAAUAAAACAAUUUUUUUUAGAAGUCAUUCCAAACAUCUCUCGGAUAUUGCAUCAAGUUGUUCAAUCGAAGGAAAUCAUUCACUUUUGUUGGGAAAUUCUGGAUCCGGAAAAUCAUAUUUUAUCAAGAGAUUGGCUCGAAGACUUGCUCAUAGUACGAGAAUAAAUUAUUGCAAAUUAAUUCAGUGCUCAAGUUUCAAAGGUGAGUGAAAUGGGGGACUUUGAAUUGGAUAGAGGAAUCGGGCCGAUCAGAAUAGUAUCCAGAAAGCCUUUCUACAAUUCCCCUGAUUCCAGGAAAAUCAUCUGACGCACUUGAAAAAACCUUAACCGAAACAUUUUUGGAAUUGGAACUCAGAAAACCUAGCGUUCUCUUCCUUGAUGAUUUUGACAGUAUUCUACCAAAAAUUGAUCAGGAGCAAAGACAAAUCCCACUUGAAAAAGUCGUUUCAGGUAAGUUAUUAUUUUCUACAUUUUUUUCAAAAAAAAUGAAGCCAGCCAGACAUGUCUGUCUGACAUGAAUUAUAAUAAAUCACGAGAUUUUGUUCAGUUAGAUGAGAAUUCGUGAGAGUUUUGCACUUUUGAGUGAAAAACAAUUUUGGCUAUUUUGAGCACUUACUGAAAAAAAAUUGAGAGAAGGUUUUUUUUUAUUAAUCCUAGUGCCUACGCAUAUUAAUUAGUAUACACUACGAAAUGAGAUUUGCAAAAAAACUUAUUGACGCAAAUUCGAAAUUUCGUCAAUUCGAAAAGGAAAAAAACUACUGUAGAAUUAUGGGUUUUUUAUGGUGUGAACAAAUGGAAUAGGGGCCAUCUGCUGUUAAGAUUUUAGUUUUUUUCUCAAAAAGCGACCAGAAUAUAUGUAUAUCCAGGGGGAAUUCAAAAAAUUCAUAAUUGCAGUGUUCUGUCAAAAAUUGCGAAAAACAAAAAUCAACGUAAUUAUUGUUGCUCAACGCCUGUCAACAUUGAAUGAUGAUUUUGUGGAGAGUGCAAUUCGAGCUAGACCAAUUGUUCCGAAUCGAUUCGAGUUGACUAGUUUGACUUUGGUGAGUUUGGGAGGAAAAUUUGCGAGAAAAUCUUUUUGA